CCAAAAAUUGUCCUCUCUUCUUUAAACCCUACGGAGCCGAGCCAACUACAGAACUGAGUCACCUUCAUCCCUCUCAAACUCACCUCCCACAUCCCGCAAUGGCGGACAGAAAGAAGAGAUCCAAGAAACCUUCAAACAACGUCGACAACCUCAAGACCGACAUAGCCUCCUUCGCUUCCUCCCUCGGCCUCUCCACCUCUCUCCCACCCUCCGACACCUCCGGCUUCAACGACGUCGACUUCCGCCACCCCAAAAAACCCGCCCCCAAAAGACCCUCUAAACCCCAAAACAUCUCCAAGCCCCAAAAUGAACGACCCAACUUCGCCAAACCCAACCCCAAGCCCCCUCCUUUCCCUGACCUCAACAACCCCGAAGCAUCCAAGAGCUUCGAGAGCCUUCCCAAGCUGCCGCUGAUUUCGGCGACCAGCAUUGGCGUGUGGUACGAGGAAGCGGAGGAGCUGGAGGGAAAAGUGGUGGGGAAGAUGAAGAGAGUGGUGGUGGUGGUGGGGGCCAGGAAUGAGAAGGAGUGGAGUGGUGAGGUGGCCAAGAAGCGGAAGCUUGCCGAGAGGCUGAUGGCGCAGUACACGGCGGAUUACGAGGCUUCGAAAGGGAAGAGUGGGGAUAUCAAGCUGUUGCUCACCACUCAGAGGUCAGGGACUGCUUCGGAUAAGAUUUCCGCGUUUUCCGUGUUGGUUGGGGAUGAUCCCAUUGCCAAUUUGAGGUCGCUGGAUGCGCUUUUAGGUAUGGUGGCAUCAAAAGUAGGGAAGCGGUACGCGUUUGCAGGUUUUGAUGCAUUGAGAGAAUUGUUUCUUACAAGCUUGCUACCUGAUCGCAAGCUUAAGAGCCUCAUACAGCGGCCUGUUAAUGAUCUUCCGGAGACAAAAGAUGGUUACUCUCUUUUGCUUCUGUGGUAUUGGGAGGAAUGCUUGAAACAAAGGUAUGAACGGUUUGUUAUUGCCCUUGAGGAAGCAUCAAGAGAUAUGUUACCUGAACUUAAAAACAAGGCAUUGAAGACUAUAUAUGUGUUACUGAAGAGUAAAUCGGAGCAGGAGCGAAGAUUACUCUCUGCUAUAGUAAAUAAACUGGGAGAUCCUAAAAAUAAGGGUGCUUCAGAUGCUGAUUUUCACCUAUCAAACCUUUUGCGUGACCAUCCAAACAUGAAGGCCGUGGUGAUUGCUGAGGUUGACUCUUUUCUCUUUCGGCCGCAUUUGACCUUACAAGCAAAAUACCAUGCGGUUAACUUUUUGAGCCAAAUUCAACUAAGAAAUACAGGAGAUGGACCAAAGGUGGCAAAAAGUUUGGUAGAUGUAUAUUUUGCACUUUUCAAGGUACUCAUUUCUGAGGCUGGUAGUGGUGAAAAGACAGAGAAGAGCAAGAAAGGAGGGGGCAAAAAGCCACCUAGUUCUCAUAAAAAUGGCAAAUGGAAGAAUUCCACAGAUACUCAUGUUGAAUUGGAUUCACGCCUUCUAUCAGCUCUCUUGAUGGGCGUCAAUAGAGCAUUCCCUUAUGUUUCGAAGAAUGAGGCUGAUGACCUUGUUGAGGCCCAAACACCAACACUUUUCCAGUUGGUUCAUUCUACUAACUUUAAUGUAGGAGUUCAAGCACUGAUGCUUCUUCACCAUAUUUCAUCUAAGAAUCAAAUUGUCAGUGAUAGGUUUUACCGAGCCUUGUACUCAAAACUACUGCUUCCGGCUGCCAUGAAUACUUCCAAGGCUGAAACAUUUAUCGGACUUCUUUUGAGAGCAAUGAAAUCUGAUGUCAACGUGAAGCGUACAGCUGCUUUUGCAAAACGUCUACUGCAGGUCGCCCUUCAGCAGCCGCCUCAAUAUGCAUGUGGGUGCCUCUUUCUUCUUUCUGAAGUUCUUAAAGCACGGCCACCAUUGUGGAAUAUGGUGCUCCAAAAUGAGUCAGUUGAUGAUGACCUUGAGCAUUUUGAAGAUGUAAUAGAAGAAACUGAUAAUGAACCAAGCCCCGUCUUACAGAUACAAAAUGUUAAAGUUGUCCAUAACAGUGAUGAAAAGAGUUACACCGCCAAUUCCGAUCAUGAUUCUUCAGAAGAUGAUAUUGACUCUCCUGACUCAUAUUCUGAGGAUGAAGCAUCUGAGGAAGGAGAUGACUUUUAUUUUAGAAAGGAUACAAAGAACUCAGAGACGAUGCUCAAGGGUAGUGUGCAGCAACCACAAGUAGUGUCCUCUGAGAAGACUGCACUACCUGGAGGCUAUGAUCCACGGCACAGAGAGCCCUCCUACUGCAAUGCAGACCGUGUAAGCUGGUGGGAGUUGACAGUACUUGCUUCUCAUGUCCACCCUUCAGUUUCAACUAUGGCAAAGACACUUCUCUCUGGAGCUAAUAUUGUCUAUAAUGGAAACCCCCUAAAUGACCUAUCACUUACUGCUUUCCUGGACAAGUUUAUGGAUAAAAAACCAAAGGCAAGCACAUGGCAUGGCGCUUCACAAAUUGAACCUGCAAAAAAGCUUGACAUGACCAACCGAUUCAUAGGUCCAGAAAUCCUGUCACUGGCUGAAGAAGAUGUACCUGCAGAAGAUCUCGUCUUUCAUAAGUUCUACAUGAAUAAAAUGAAUACUUCAAAGAAACCAAAGAAGAAGAAAAAGAAGAAGGCAACAGCAGAAGAUGAAGAUGCUGCGGAGUUAUUUGAUGUGGAUGGUGGUGGUGAUGAUGAAAGUGACAAUGAAGAGAUCGACAAUAUGCUGGAUUCUGCUGGCAGUGCCAUGGAAGCAGAUGGCGACUAUGAUUACGAUGAUCUAGACCAGGUUGCCAAUGACGAUGAUGAAGACCUGAUCGGUAAUGCCAGUGAUGGCAGCGAUGCCGAUCUCGAUGUGCCCUCUGAUAUUGGAGAGGAAGAAGAUAUUGAUGCCACUGGAAAUAGUGAUGAGAGUGAUGAUGUAAGUGAUGAUGCUAUUGAUAUAGGAGACGCCGACGAUGAUGAUGAUGAUGAAGAUGAAGAUGUGCCUAUAGAGGAUAUCAAGCAGAAAGGUAAACGGAAGCGGGGUAAAGCUGCAGCAUCUCCGUUUGCGAGUUUGGAAGAGUAUGAGCAUUUGUUUGACGAGGGUGACGCCCCCGCUAAGGAGAAAUCCAAAAGCAAGAAAUCCAAGCCUCGAAAGAAGAGGAAGUCAUCUGAUUGAACCAAAUUUUGCCCUCUUGUUUUUAAAAUUCAUUCAUACAUUUUCAUACCCGAGAAACGUCGGAGAUUUUGUUAAGCUUUAGUCUACAUUGUACCAUUUUGUACGACUAUAACUUAUAAGAACCUCUGGAUCAUUGUACCAUCAGUAUUGUCGGUGAAAGAAACUAUGAUGUUCCAAUUCGCGAGUAUGCGAGACAAAUAAUACCA